AUGUCUUGGGAGGACGAAAUCGUUAUGCGCGAUGUCACUAAUGCGGGCCUCGUCGUGAGUGACCGCAUUGGCCGAGAAGUCGCGUCUCAGCUUGAUCUUGAAGAAGCCCUAGAAGCUUCCAGAUACGCUAGUCACCCCUAUUCUACUCAUCCCAGAGAGUGGCCGCCUUUGGUUGAGGUGGUGGAUACUUGGGAGUUGCCUCAGGUACUUAUUGAAAGAUAUAAUGCAGCUGGUGGGGAAGGAAAUUCAUUAUGUGGGAUAUUUCCUGAGAUUCGUAGGGCAUGGGCAUCGGUAGAUAAUUCCUUGUUUCUCUGGCGUUUUGACAAGUGGGAUGGACAAUGUCCUGAAUAUAGUGGGGAGGAUCAAGCUAUUUGUGCUGUUGGCCUUGCUAAAUCUAAACCUGGUGUUUUUGUUGAAGCUAUUCAGUAUCUUUUGAUUUUGGCAACACCUGUUGAGUUAAUUCUUGUAGGAGUAUGUUGCUCUGGAGGGGCUGAUGGGACAGAUCCAUAUGCAGAAGUCUCACUACAGCCAUUGCCAGAAUAUACAGUACCAUCUGAUGGGAUCACCAUGACAUGUAUCACGUGUACUGACAAGGGUCGUAUUUUCCUUGCUGGGCGUGAUGGUCACAUUUAUGAACUACAUUAUACAACUGGAUCAGGCUGGCAAAAGCGUUGCCGAAAAGUUUGUCUGACUGCCGGUUUAGGAAGCGUUAUUUCAAGAUGGGUAGUACCAAAUCUUUUUAAGUUUGGAGCUGUGGACCCCAUCAUUGAAAUGGUUUUUGAUAAUGAAAGACACAUCUUGUAUGCACGAACUGAAGAAAUGAAAAUUCAGGUGUUUAUUGUGGGGCAAAAUGUUGAUGGGCCAUUGAAAAAAGUGGCAGAAGAAAGGAAUCUGAUAAAUCAGAGGGAUGCUCAUUAUGGGGGUAGACAAUCUACUGGACCUAGAGGUCCAAAUCGAUCUACAAAGUCAUCUAUAGUCUGCAUUUCACCCUUGUCUACCCUGGAAUCUAAGUCUCUACACCUUGUUGCUGUUUUGUCCGAUGGCAGAAGGAUGUACCUUACCACUUCUCCAUCUAGUGGAAAUUUGGGUGGGUUUAAUACCAACCAUAAACCUAGCUGUUUAAAAGUUGUGACAACUAGGCCUUCUCCUCCACUAGGGGUUGGUGGUGGACUUGCCUUUGGAAGCAUGUCUCUUGCCGGUAGACCUCAGAAUGACGAUCUCUCCCUAAAGGUUGAGGCAGCUUAUUAUUCUGCUGGAACUCUUGUCCUUUCUGAUUCAUCUCCACCAACUAUGGCUUCUCUUCUUCUUGUGAGCCGUGAUUCAAGCACACAAUCAGCUGGGUCAAGUACUUCGGGGACAAGUUCAAGGAGUUCUCGAGCAUUACGGGAAUCUGUAUCUUCUUUACCAGUUGAAGGACGGAUGCUUUUUGUAGCAGAUGUUUUCCCCAUGCCUGAUACUGCAACCACUGUACAGUCUCUGUAUUCAGAAAUUGAAUAUGGUGGUUAUGAAGGCUCUGAUGAGUCCUGUGAAAAGGUAACUGGAAAACUUUGGGCCAGAGGUGACCUUUCAAUCCAACAUAUACUGCCAAGGAGACGAGUUGUUGUUUUCAGUACUAUGGGCAUGAUGGAAAUAGUUUUCAAUAGGCCUGUGGACAUUCUGAGGAGGUUGUUUGAGACUAACAUCCCCAGGUCAAUCGUAGAAGAAUUCUUCAAUCGUUUUGGAGCUGGUGAGGCAGCUGCAAUGUGUUUAAUGCUAGCAGCUAGGAUAGUCCAUUCAGAAACUCUCAUAAGUAAUGUUGUUUCUCAGAAGGCAGCUGAAGCUUUUGAGGACCCAAGACUUGUCGGAAUGCCACAACUUGAGGGCAGCAAUGCAUUAGCAAACACUAGAACAGCUGCUGGGGGAUUCAGCAUGGGGCAGGUUGUUCAGGAGGCUGAGCCUGUGUUUUCAGGUGCACAUGAAGGGCUCUGUUUGUGUUCUGCAAGGUUGCUAUUUCCCAUAUGGGAACUUCCUGUUGUGGUUGUAAAAGGUGGUUUAGGUUCUGCAGAUGCAAUGUCAGAAAAUGGGUUAGUCGUAUGCAGACUCUCUCUUGAGGCUAUGCAAGUGCUUGAAAACAAAAUUCGCUCUCUAGAGAAGUUUCUGAAGUCUAGAAGGAACCAAAGGAGGGGACUUUAUGGCUGUGUUGCUGGUUUAGGAGAUGUGACUGGUUCUAUCCUUUAUGGAAUUGGUUCAGAAUUAGGUGGUGGUGACCACAGUAUGGUGAGAAACUUAUUUGGUGCUUACUCGCGGAACACUGAGUCUAAUGAUGGUGGUAUGUCUAAUAAAAGGCAGAGAUUACCAUAUAGUCCUGCUGAAUUGGCAGCCAUGGAGGUGAGGGCAAUGGAAUGCAUCAGGCAGUUGCUUCUUAGAUCCAGUGAAGCCCUGUUUCUGCUCCAGCUUCUUUCACAGCACCAUGUAACACGCUUGGUUCAGGGGUUUGAUGCUAAUCUGCGACAGGCAUUAGUUCAAAUGACAUUUCAUCAGUUAGUUUGUUCUGAGGAGGGUGACCACCUCGCUACAAGGCUCAUAUCUGCUCUGAUGGAGUAUUAUACUGGUCCUGAUGGCAGGGGGGCAGUAAAUGAUAUUAGUGGGAGAUUACGGGAAGGCUGUCCAAGCUAUUAUAAGGAGUCUGAUUACAAGUUUUUUCUAGCUGUGGAGUGUCUUGAGAGAGCUGCUGUGAUUCCAGAUCCUGAGGAGAAGGAGAAUCUUGCUAGAGAGGCCUUCAAUUUUUUGAGUAAAGUUCCAGAAUCUGCUGAUUUACGAACUGUCUGCAAACGAUUUGAGGAUUUAAGGUUUUAUGAAGCCGUGGUUCGCUUGCCUUUACAAAAGGCACAGGCUCUUGACCCCGCAGGUGAUGCUUUUAGCGACCAAAUUGAUGCGGCAGUCCGACAGCAUGCACGUGCUCAACGUGAACAGUGCUAUGAGAUUGUCAUCAGUGCAUUGCGUUCUCUAAAAGGUGAGCCUUCACAGAGGGAGUUUGGUUCUCCUCUUAAGCCUGCUGCUAUGCGAUCUGCCCUUGAUCCGGUCUCUCGGAACAAAUAUAUAUCCCAGAUUGUUCAGCUGGGCAUCCAAUCUCCUGACAGAUUAUUUCACAAGUACUUGUACCGUGCUAUGAUUGAUAUGGGCCUUGAGAAUGAGUUGCUGGAGUAUGGAGGUCCUGAUUUGGUGCCUUUCCUACAAAGUGCUGGCUGUGAACCUAUACAAGAGGUUCGGGCUGUUUCUGCGGUCACAUCGGCCGCUUCUCCAAUUAGUUACUCAGGAACAGCCAUCCCAUCCAAUCAAGCCAAAUAUUCUGAUCUGUUGGCACGAUAUUAUGUCUUGAAGAGGCAGCAUCUGCUUGCAGCUCAUGUAUUACUAAGACUGGCAGAGAGGCGUUCAACCGAUUCUGGGGAUGUUCCUACUCUAGAUCAAAGGUAUCAUUACCUAAGUAAUGCAGUCCUACAGGCUAAAAAUGCAAGUAACAGUGAAGGCCUGGUAGGUUCUACCAGAGGUGCGUAUGAUGAUGGGUUGUUAGAUUUGUUGGAAGGAAAACUUGCUGUCCUUCGUUUUCAGAUAAAGAUCAAGGAGGAACUUGAAGCUUCCGCUUCCAGGAUAGAAGCUUUGCCUGGUGCAUCUGAGCCUGUCCAAAGUGGAACUGUUCCCAAUAGCACUUUGAGUGGUGAUGCCAAUCUUGCAAAUAUUGCACGAGAAAAGGCCAAAGAGCUGUCAUUAGAUUUAAAGAGUAUAACUCAACUAUACAAUGAAUAUGCUCUUCCAUUUGAACUUUGGGAGAUAUGUCUAGAAAUGCUAUACUUUGCAUACUAUUCUGGUGAUGCUGAUAGUAGCGUUGUAAGAGAUACUUGGGCCAGAUUAAUUGAUCAAGCUCUUUCAAGGGGUGGCAUUGCUGAAGCUUGUUCGGUAUUGAAGAGAGUUGGUUCUCACAUUUAUCCUGGAGAUGGAGCUGGUUUGCCCUUAGACACACUGUGUCUCCACCUCGAGAAAGCUGCACUGGAAAGACUGGAAUCAGGGGUUGAAUCUGUUGGAGAUGAAGAUGUGGCAAGGGCUCUUCUUGCUGCUUGCAAGGGUGCAAUUGAGCCCGUAUUGAACACUUAUGACCAAUUGUUGACGAGUGGUGCUAUUUUGCCAUCACCAAACCUUAGGUUACGCCUUCUACGAUCAGUAUUAGUUGUACUUCGAGAGUGGGCAAUGUCUGUUUUUGCACAAAGAAUGGGUACAAGUGCUACUGGAGCUUCUUUAAUUCUAGGUGGAACAUUCUCACUGGAGCAAACAUCAGGGAUUAACCAAGGGGUUCGAGAUAAGAUCUCAAGUGCAGCAAACAGGUAUAUGACUGAGGUACGGAGGUUAGCCCUUCCACAGAGCCAGACUGAAGCUGUUUUCCAUGGCUUUCGAGAACUCGAAGAGUCACUGAUAAGUCCCUUUUCUUUUGAUCGUUUUUGA